CGACUCGGAACCCCUCCCACUGACACUCUUCCCACCGAGUUCUCGUCCAGCAGACCGUAACGGGGUGGACCCUCUCUGUUUUAUUGAGCCCAGAGGUUUAUAAUUAGAUAAUUUAUAGUUUUAUAAUUUUAUAAAUUACACACGGCACUGACUGAGACCGCUGCGGACUCCACCCGCCGCCCUCCGCCACGAGGUUCCGGUCCCGGAAGCUGUAGUUCAGAGAGGAACUACAGCUGGCGCGGUUUACGGCACGUCGCGAAGCAGAGAAAACACGUUCUGAUUCUCCUGAUGGAGGCGCCGCCCUGCAGGCAGCUGGGGGAACUGCAGCCAGAGCAGGAACGCAGCUCCUCCGCUGUUGUCGGGCUCAGCCUCUGUGACUCCGCCCCGCUCCUGUGGCGGAUCCAGGACCUGAAGACUGUGAGGUCCAGCGGCCUGGUGGGGGCGCUUCUCGGCGCCCUGCCCAGAACCCCCAGACAGAAUAUCCGACUGGGCCGACCGCUGCUGCUGCUGCCAGAGGAGGAGAGACUGCUGCGGGAACGCCACAGCGCUGCCGCUCUGCCGGCCAGGAACCAGGAUGCAGUGGGCACGGAGCUCCAGCAGCGGUAUGAGGAAGAGGAGCAGAGAAGCUACGAAGAGCAGAGCAUCCUCGCUCUGGAGGACAGGAGGUCGGCGCUGCUCCGAGCCAUGACAUCAUCAUCCGGCUCUGAGUGUGGAGCAGGCUCAGAUGAGGCUCUGCAGGGCCGUCUGCUGGCGCUCGGGCAAAACUUCACCUUCCCUCGCUCAGCGCUGGCGGUGCAGCUGAGCACAGCGAGGGCGGGGCUUAGCCACUGUCAGGAAGCUCGCGCCUUCCUGCAGGCGGACUGGCCAAUCAGAGAGCAGGACAGUCCCCGCCGUGAAGCCAGGUACCAGGUGUUCAGAGACCUGCGGGGGCGGGGUUUCUUCCUGACCUCUGCAGGGAAGUUUGGAGGAGACUUUCUGGUGUAUCCAGGUGACCCGCUGCGGUUCCACGCCCACUUCAUCGCUGUCUGUCUGACUCUGGACGAGUCCAUCUGCAUGCUGGACGUCCUCUGUGUGGCCCGACUGGGCUCCAAUGUGAAGAAGACGGUCCUGCUGUGCUCGCCGGCGCCGGACGGCCCGGUCCACUACACGUCGCUACAGUGGAGCGGGAUGGUGUAGCGGUGGGACGGGGGGGGGGGCACUUUCAGCUGAAUUCAGCGACACGAGGGAAGGACAAGGACCUAAUUUUGAUUAAUCCAUCAUAAUCCAGAACACAGACAUUUAAACGGAUCAGAACAAAGCAGCUUUAGUUAUGGGUCCGGUCAGAAGUCUGGCUCAUGGACUGAACUGACUCAGAGGGUCAUUAAAGCUUCUUGGGCCCCUGGCAGCAACCUGGGGCCCUUUAACUCUGAGCUGA